ACUUUGACUCUAGCAUUUCUGCACGUGGCAGCCAAAAAAAUUAUUACAUGUACUAGCAGCUAGCUACGUGUACGUAGCUACAAGUAGCAGCUUGUUAGUGCUUCACAAAGACUUUCUCAUGGCAGAGUUCAAGUUUAUGCAGUGGCCUCUCUUGAAUUGUAGCCUCCUCUUCCAGCAAAAUGAAACAUUGAGUAGCCGCGGCUCCUGAUCAAGCAUAUACGGUAACUUCAAGAUCGAGAGGUCAAAAUGUUUUCUGGGGGUCCAUAAUUUUGGGGGGCAUACAAUUCCACCCGUAUUUUCUCUUAUGACGUCACCCUUACAUAGCCUACAUAAUAAUUAAUAUAUAUACAGUACCUGUUCUGGUAGACAGUUUGUUUCUUUUCCACCAUGGCUGCAUCGACAUAUCAGCCUGAAGAAGAGCCCAAAUCAAAAUCAUUACUGUCAGGUCAUAGUGAGACAGAGUUGGAACCUGGUCUCAACAAUGUCCUUGAGCAAAAAUCAUUGAGAUGGAUCUUUGUUGGCGGAAAAGGUGGUGUUGGAAAAACCACAUGUAGUUGCAGCCUGGCUAUACUGUUAGCAAAGCAGCGAGAAAACGUUUUGCUAAUAUCCACGGACCCUGCACAUAAUAUCUCUGAUGCUUUUGAUCAAAAGUUCUCUAAGUACCCGACAAUGGUUCAAGGUUUUGGUAAUCUUUAUGCCAUGGAAAUUGAUCCAACCGUUUUAGAUGCUGAUGAAAUACCUAACGAUGCACUUGGUGACGAUUCCUCUGGACUUAGUGGUUUGGCAAAGGAAUUGCUCAGUGAUUUUGCUGAUUCCUUACCUGGUAUUGAUGAGGCUAAAAGUUUCAUGCAAGUAAUGGGGCUAGUGAAGGAACUCCAGUUCUCAGUGGUGGUGUUUGAUACUGCUCCCACUGGCCACACCUUGCGUUUCCUCUCAAUGCCCGCUCUUUUCCAGAAAGGAAUGGGCAAAGUUACACAACUAAAAUCACAGUUCGGCUCUGUAUUUGACCAGCUGCUGCCCAUGCUAAGUACUGGUAGUGGUGAUGAUGGAAGUUUCAGAUCCAAAAUGCAGGAGUCCAUGCCUGCCAUUGAGCAAAUCAAUGAGGAAUUUAGGGAUCCAGACAAAGCUACUUUUGUAUGCGUUUGCAUAGCAGAAUUUCUAUCUCUGUACGAAACAGAACGACUUGUACAGGAACUCACCAAGCUUAACAUUGAUGUGCAUAACAUUGUUGUGAACCAGUUACUAAAUCCAGAACAAGAUGAGCAUGGACAAAUUGUAUGCAAAAUGUGUUCCUCGCGCCACAAGAUUCAAUCCAAGUACCUAGAGCAAAUUCAUGAUCUGUAUGAGGACUUUCACAUCACUGAGUGUCCCCUGCUCACAGAGGAGGUGAGAGGACGGGAAAAAGUAGAAUCUUUCUCCAAAUUUUUGCUUGGAACCAAUUCUAAAUGACGGAACUUUAUAAUUAUAUCUAUAAUGGAAAAUGACAAGACAUUGUGUUUGUUUUAACUAUUAUUAAAGUGACAUGUUAUGAUCAUUGAUGCAACUUUGGCACUUCAUGAUGUUUUGAAAGCCUGUAUUCUUCUUUUGUUUCUCAUUUGUUCUCUUAGUUUCAA